AUGGGGCGGGGGCUGGCUGUGGGGAAGUCUGGAGCUGUGGACACGGACACAGAGCAUGUCCCCAUGUCCCCAUGUCACCACUGAGGUGGGAGCAGAGCGGUGAGGGCGGUGAGUACAGACUGGUUGCAGGUGGUGGCUCACGACGGCAGUGAACAAAGUGGGGAAAACGUUUGCAGAACAAUCUUGGAGGGUUUCUGGAUUGCAGCACGGGACUGAGAAUUCCCUGCCGACGGCUGCCAGAGCAGGGAGGACACGUGGCAGCUGUUGUGCUCUGCUUCAUCUUGCUCUAGAUGACUGGAUGGAUGGGUGGAUGGGUGGAUGGAUGGAUGGAUGGAUGGAUGGAUGGAUGGAUGGAUGGAUGGAUGGAUGUCCAUGGCCACUGCCAAACUGGAGGUCUGCCCAUCUGCUCUGCUCGAGCACCGCACGCAUGGUAGCCGCCCGGGGCCACCAGGGAUGCAGUGAGGUGGCCAACACACAAUGGCCCCAUCUCGCACCAACGGGUCACACUACGCACUGACAGCCAUCGGGAUGGGGAUGCUCAUCCUGGGCAUCAUCUUGGCUGUGUGGAACAUUGUGCCUGGCUUCGGACACCCCGAUAAACCCAAUGCUGGGAAUAGCAGCAAGCCAGACCGCGGUGGUGGGGGCAUUUUUAAGAGCAAGACGUUUUCUGUGGCCUACGUGCUGGUUGGGGCAGGUCUGCUGCUGCUGCUGCUGUCUCUCUGCUUGAAUGUCCGUGACAAGAAGAGGCAGAGCGAGGAUAUCCCCAGGGUGGUGCAGCACCAAGCAUCCGUGGAGCCUUCGCAGCAGGAGGAGGACAGCCAAGAAGAGGAUGAAGACGUGUCCUCUCGCUACUACGUCCCCAGCUACGAGGAGGUGAUGAAUACAGGCUACUCAGAGCCCCACGACCCGGAGCGGAACCGCAGGAUCAGUGUCUCACUGCCCUCCUAUGAAUCACUGACAGGGCUUGACGAGGGCACGCAGCCCCCAGGAGCAGCCAGCGCAGAGCCUGGCACCGAACGGCCACCAGGCCGGCACAACUCACGUCUCAGCAAGCGCCUGAAGCCCCUCAAGGUGCGGAGGAUCAAGUCGGAGAAGCUGCAUCUCAAGGACAUCAGGCUCAACCUCGGUGAUGGGAGCAGCACCGGCCCCAUCACAAUUGAGCCGUUGACCCCACCUCCAAAGUAUGAGGAUAUCCAGGAAAAAGCACCUGGAAGCCAACAGUUGACUUAGGAAGGACGGGUCGGUCAUUGCGCGGAUUGGAAACGCUCGGAGAGGGCUGGUCAUGGAGUGCGGGAGUGUUGGAUGCUCUCUGGAUGCUGAGGUGCUGAUGUGGAGGGAACUGCAGCAUUGCUCAAAUAGGAGUGGGUCUUCCCAGGACGGCGUUGUGUCAAACACCACGGGGAAACGAUGAUGUUGUGAAGGAUGUGAAGGCUGGAAGAGUCAGACGUGUGUUCUGUGUUGUUUUAAGUUAAGGACCACCUAAUGUGUCUUCUCUCCUUUGUGCCUUGCCCCAGCAAUGGAUUUCCAAGCCACCAAACUGCUAUUUAAUAAGAAUUUUCCAAGAGGAAAAAGGGAAAUGUUCUGUCUUUCUUUUUUUAUGUCUUUUCUUUUUGAGCAAGGCAAGUAAAAGUGUCAGGUUAGUGAUGUAGCUGUCACCACUCCAGACAUCAGUGGGGUUGGGGAUCGUGGCACAGGGCUGGCCAAAGUGCCUGUGGUGUUGCAUGCUUGCUGGUGCGAAGAGGAAUGAAACAAGCCUUUAAGCUUGUCUGACCUGUAGGCUUUACCCAUAGGAGGUUUCUUACUGGCAUCACUGUCCAUUCUCCUGUAGGAGAGGACUGUAUUUCUUGCCUCAGUGGUUUUCUCUUUUGUGUGUUGUGCUGCAAAUCGAAGGGACAGUCCGUCUGGGGCUGGAAACUGCCAUAGUGUACAACUGCCAAGAGUUGUUCAGGGUGUUCUGGGUGAAAUGACAAGACCAUACAGAGCAAGCAGUCCUUUUCUAAAUAAAUAUUUUGUACGUGG